AGCAAUCCGACAAACACUUCAUCCGCAAGCCAGAAUCCAGUUCAGCAGCAAACAUCAGACGAAGAAGAGGAGAAAGGAGUAGAGGAAUCCAGCUGUCUCGAGGGACGUUUUCUCCUCCUAAAACAAUGCCCGUCUCCAAUUAUUAAUUCGACCACGAGACGGGCCUUAUCCGUCGUGUACCUCCACUCCUGGUGCACUGCAUCUGAUAAAUCCAAGGAUACCCCCGCAAUCAUUUCUUUUGUUCCUUCUCUUACGUACGUUGGUGAAGAUCCCGUAUACCCACUGAGGUGCGCUCCACUGAGUCCUUCCAAUUGACAUCCGACUCGUAUGUUGUUUCUCGAUCAGAUUUUUUUGGCUUUGUGAAUGGACCGCAUUUGUCUCCGUGCGUCUCCUCACAUGUGUGCGAGUAAUCUCAUCCCGUUGCCUAUAUAUACUUGCAUAAACCAUUCCCCUAAUCUCAUGUUAUCGAGUCGUCAUCGUCGUCGUCAUCCGUCUACCUGGGCAAUCUCAACAGUUGAGUGUGCGAGCGAGCAUAAUAGAUAGAUAGAUACCAAUGGCGGAGAUGGGAGCAGAGGCGGCGGUGCAUUACCGAGGGGUGAGGAAGAGGAAGUGGGGGAAGUGGGUGUCGGAGAUCAGGGAGCCCGGGAAGAAGAGCAGGAUCUGGCUGGGGAGCUUCGAGUCAGCGGAGAUGGCGGCGGUGGCACACGACGUGGCGGCGCUGCGACUCAAGGGCCGCGACGCGCAGCUCAACUUCCCGGAGUCGGCGGAGCAGCUUCCGCGGCCCCGGAGCUCGGACCCCGAGGACAUACGUGCGGCGGCGCUGGAGGCGGCCGCGAGGCUCCGGUGCAGGACUGUUAGGGUAUCGGCGCCGGCGCUGGAGCGGCUGGGCAACGACGAGCUGGGGCUGGACUCGCCCAAGAUGUGGGUGGAGCUGGCGGAGGCGCUGCUGCUGAGCCCACCAGCUUGGAACCCUGAGGUGAGCGAGCCAGAGGAGUGGGAACACCAUGCGUCCUUGUGGGACCCUUUCCUGUAGACCAUCACAUUUAUCCCUCGAGAUAAUAACACCAUCAGCUGACGUCCUUCAGUGUACCAAAGGGUGUACGUAAUACGUAAAAAAGUACGUGAUUGUUGAUGCAAGAAUGCUUCAAGGUGAGAAAUAAUUGGAAGAGUACUCUGGCAGCUAUCGUUGCCGGUCUGCGGUUUGGGGUUGCGGAGUGAAGAGAGACGAGAGAGAGUACGUCCGGCACGUUAGGCUCUCUCUCUCUCUCUCUCUCUCUUUCUCAGUAUAGUACUGUUGUAGUCUAACAAUGUUUGCUGGAGAGAGGAACAAAUGUAAGAAACACCGUGCACAGUACGCGGAAAUGCUGAUUCAUAAUGCUCCCGUCUAAUGUGCUUGACUGUGAAUGGCGUGCAUCAGGGGAUUCAAACUAUAAAAGGAUGUGAACAAAAUUAUAAAGGCAUCAUCCCUCCAGGUUUAGACCAACGAAUGGUGAUCAGCUGCUCCACAAGGAGCUCGCAACAACAGAUAUUGAGCCUGCAAUUGGUCACUGCAGCUACUCAAACUUUGUUUCCCAGCAUCAUUAAUGCUAGAUCUUGUUUUAGGUGAAGAUGCACAGGGUGUUUCCCUCGGUCAAUGGGUCCAACGUAGGUCAAGACAACAUGGAUAUGGGACCUGCAAUGAAGAUAACGAAACAAGAAUACGAUUGUGGCCUCAUGACAUCUAUAUGUGGUAGGCACC